AUGGCAGAAGUUGGGAAUGACUGCUAUUUCUUUUUUAAUUCCACAUGCAUAAAGGGUUCCCAGUGCCGAUUCCGACACUGUGAAGAGGCCCUUGGCAGUGACACUGUGUGCUCAUUAUGGAGAGAGGGAAAAUGUUUAGAUCCACUUUGCAGAUUUAGACACAUGGAAAUGCAGCAAAACUGCAGCAUUUCAUGCUUCUGGGAAACGCAACCUCUUGGUUGUGUGAAGAUCAGUUGUAUCUUUUAUCACAGCAAACCUCGCAAUAUCAAUGGAUUAUUUUUGCCACCAAGUAGCAAUAUCACACCACAGAAAGAAACUCAGGAAGGAAUUCCACCCCUGACCCAGAGUCAGGAACCCCUGAAACCUCAGGAGAAUAUAUCACGACCCAUUCACCAUCCUUUAGUUUUAAAAACUAACUUUGAGGAAGAAGAGGAGGAAGGAGAUGAACAAAAUGAUGCUUCUAGUUUAUGGACAAAGACUCCUGAAGAAAUUGAAGAAAAAAGAGCAAUAAAGGAGAUGUGUUAUAAAUCUGGUGAAUACUACAGAUUUCAUACUCCUCCAGAUAUUUCAUCAUCAAAAAGCAUAGCCUCUACAGCAGACAAAGAGUUAGAAAAGCCUUUGGAGAAUGGCAGUGAAUUGCAAGAAGGGGAUGGUCUUACAAUUCCAACAAAAUUUAGCCUGUUUGAAAGGCAAGGUGAGAUAAAAGCAUCAUUGGAUAGGAAACCAAGGACUGACAUUGCUGCUUUUGAAAAUGGAGGAGGUGACUGUUGUGUUCCACAGAGGAUCAUAUUUCUUGGAGUAGAUGAAAAUGAAGCUUUAAAAGAAGAGAAGGAAAUCACCAUGUCAAAAUGUUCAAAUAGUAAAGAUAACAAGGACAGUCCUCAUCCAAAGCGUUCCCUAACUACCCGACUAGUACCUACAACGCAUGUAUUAAAUGCUACUGAGAAUAUCAGUAUGAAGUGCAGAGAGGACCCCUCUUCAAUGAAUGAUGUCCAGCCAGUGAGGAAGCCUCACUUUAAAGGUGUGAAAAAAAGAAAAUGGAUUUAUGAUGAACCAAAGAAUUUUCCUGGCCCAGGAAUGCGGAGAGCAGUACAGGCCCCAAAUCCCAAAAAUAAAAUGACUUACCAUCGCAAUAAUAAAAACAGAAAUGCUGAGAACACAUCCUAUAUCCACGUUCAGAGAGAUGCUAUCAGGACCGUCUCACUGAGUGCACCCCCCCGCAGCAGGCCCACAAAUGGGUCCUACAAUAAAGUCGAUGUUAACAAGGAACCCAAAUUCAGCCUCUGUCCAGAUAAAUAUAUGUCAACAUCAUAUAAUGGUUCAGCCUGGCGAAAAAGAAUUCCUUUUUCAAAAACAUAUUCAAAAACCGAAAAGAUAUAUACAGAGCCAAGAAGAAAUGGGAGCAAGUAA